UGCCUGGUCACCAAAAACAGCCACGUAUGACGUUGACGGUGGUAAAUUUGUGGAAGAUUGACUAACUUAACUAUUCUUCGUCACGUAUCCGGCCAACGUUUUAUUUUGAAAGAGCGCACCGGAAGUUGAGCGUACGCCCAGCUUGACGCGGCAGGUCCAGGAGCGCCACAGCCGCUGCCGCGCAUAAAAAGUCCACCUGUCAACGCGCAGCCUAAGCCGACGCCGUUUACAUCCAAAGUGUUCUGCCAGACACCCCACCCCCCUCCCCCCCCCGACACGCACACUUUCCAUUGUGAACUUGCUCCGUUUCUGGACGCGCGGCCAUGGGGAAGCGGCACUUUGCAGGGAAGGACCGCGCUGGAGAGCCGAAGCCUUUGCGCGUCGCACACAUUGGAGCGUCGAUGCCUUCCACAGUGUAGAGAGACAAAUUGCACAACGCGUAGCGGCUGUGCUCCUCGCGCUGUGAACGAUGAGGUACGGGCUGGUGGUACUUUGUGCAGGCUUCACGGGUUUGCUCAGUUUCAGCCUCCUGGCUGUGGCAAUUGGGACUGAUUACUGGUACAUAAUCGAUGUAAAUAAACCCAACUGCACAGGUUCAGAAGACCUCAGUUCCCAUUCUGGACUGUGGAGAAUUAACGAAGGGGCGAACAGCAGCGCUGUCAUCCCCUCUUUCACCGCAAACAUAUCCAGCCUGUCAGAGGCAGAAAGGCACCUUCUUGGUCUGCACAGGGUGGUGGUGAUCCUGCUGCCCCUCAGCCUCGUCCUGCUGGUGUUCGGCUGGAUCUUCGGGCUCGUCAGUUCGUUGGCCUGUAGCCCCAACCUGCUGGUGGGAGCGGCGUCCUACUUUCUCUUCUGCAGCCUCUUCACCCUGUCGGGGGUCAGCAUCUACAUCCACUACUCCAACCGGGCCAUGGAGGAGUUCCAGCAGGUCGUGGCCCCGGAGAACCUGGCCUACGUGGACGUGUCGUUCGGCUGGUCCCUGGCCACCGCCUGGACCUCCUACGGCCUGGAGGUGGCCACCGCCCUGCUGCUCAUGCUCGCCGCCCGAAUCACCCAGAUGAAGGGACGCUACGACUCCGGCGUCGCCAUCGCCAUGUUGUAGAGCCCAGGCGCCCCGUCGCCUUUGGGUUCGCCUGUUGUUUCUGCCGCUGGAAAUGAACCGGCCGAGGCCGUUCAACACGCGGAUCAAAGUUUAGAACGACACGAUGUGAUGCAGUCACGUGGAGGUUAUGUAACUGGGGCCAUGGAGACGUAGUGGAGGCUAUUAAACAUCUGUGUAUUCAUUGCUUUGUGGACCCCCCCCCCCCCUCAGCAUCCAUUGUCCCAGUGCUCAGUGUUGUCACAAACCUUUACACAGACAAAGACUCUGACUGUUGAGCGAUUUAACAGUUUCAACGCCGACGCGUGAAACUUAAAGACGCAGCAGAAAGCCAGUGCACAGACGCCAUUAGUUUUAGUAUUUCAUUAACGCACAACUGCUGCAUCAAGUCAUUUGCAUUCCACGGCUUUCGCCGAGCAGUUAGCGCUUAGUGGAUGCGGAAGACGCCGCUGAGGAACGUCCGACGCGUUCCUUUGGAGGCGCUGCUGUGCAAAACGCCUGCAUCCGUCCUGGUGGGAACGCGUUCAUCACAGGGCUGAGCUUAAUUGCACUCUUGGGGCUCCUGCUGAACCGUGCACCACGUACUUCAUGCAUGUGCCGCCGCCGCCGCUUUGCAUUAUUGUAACAAACCGUGUGUUCUGUCCAAAAUGAGAGCGUUUCUUGCUUCGUACACAAAAUAAAAGCACCUCUCUAGAA